AACUAAAUAAUCGACUGGAGACGGGCCAUGAUGGAGGACUGUUAGCUGGGCCGUCGGCUGGCGUUGAGAAUCGCGGCGAAUUGCGUGGCGCAAAUUGCGAGUUGUGCUUCGGGGCCCGUGCGGGGCCUCCGGCUGCGAUGCGGGCCUGCUGACCUCUCGUGACCCGCACCAUGGGCGCGCAGCAAACCAAGGAGAGGAUGGUGGCCACCGCCGGACUCACCGUGGGCCGGGCCACCAGAAACAAGCCCCGGGUCCCCAAGGACGCCCGGCAGCAGGGCUCCAACAUCUUCACCGAGCACAGCGAGGCGCUGUUGCAGUCGAGGCCGCUGCCGCACAUCCCGGACUUAAGUGGCGACGGCGGCGAACUGGGAGCGCCGCUGCUGGGCUCAAUGUCACUGCUCGAGGGCGCCGCCCGCUGGACGUCCAAGGAGAACCUGCUGGCUCAGGAGGAGGACGACCCGCAACUCUUUGUUGCCCUCUACGACUUUCAGGCCGGUGGCGAAAACCAACUGAGCCUUAAAAAAGGUGAACAAGUUCGAAUUCUGAGUUACAACAAAAGCGGCGAGUGGUGCGAAGCCCACUCAACAGCUGGCCAAGUCGGCUGGGUUCCCUCAAACUACGUGUCCCCUGCCAACUCUUUAGAAAAACAUUCAUGGUACCAUGGGCCUAUUUCGCGAAACGCAGCAGAAUAUCUGCUCAGCUCGGGCAUCAACGGCAGCUUCCUGGUGCGCGAGAGCGAAUCGAGUCCCGGCCAGCGUAGCAUCUCCCUGCGCUACGAGGGCCGCGUCUACCACUACCGCAUCAACGAGGACCCUGAGGGCAAGGUCUACGUCACGGCUGAGAGCAAGUUCAACGCGCUGGCCGAACUUGUGCACCACCACUCCAUGCAUGCCGACGGCCUCAUCACGCAGCUGCUUUAUCCUGCGCCUAAGCACAACAAACCUACCGUCUUUGCCCUUAGCCCUGAACCAGACGAAUGGGAAAUUAAUAGGACGGAUAUUGUGAUGAAACACAAGCUAGGUGGUGGGCAGUAUGGUGAUGUUUAUGAGGCCGUAUGGAAGAGAUACAACAUGACUGUAGCUGUUAAAACUCUUAAGGAGGACACAAUGGCCUUGAAGGACUUUUUGGAAGAGGCGGCCAUCAUGAAGGAGAUGAAGCAUCCGAAUUUGGUUCAGCUGCUGGGCGUUUGCACUCGCGAGCCGCCGUUCUACAUCAUCACCGAGUUCAUGAGCAAAGGCAACUUGCUCGACUACUUGCGCACAGCCAACCGCGAUCAGAUCAACGCCGUCGUUCUCAUGUACAUCGCCACUCAAAUCGCCAGCGGAAUGUCCUACCUCGAAAGCAGGAAUUUCAUACACAGGGACUUGGCUGCCCGAAACUGUCUGGUUGGUGAAAAUCACCUGGUCAAGGUGGCCGAUUUCGGACUGGCAAGACUGAUGCGUGACGACACGUACACUGCUCAUGCAGGUGCCAAAUUCCCCAUUAAGUGGACGGCCCCAGAGGGCCUAGCGUACAAUAAAUUCUCAACCAAGUCUGAUGUGUGGGCGUUCGGGAUUCUACUUUGGGAGAUUGCGACAUACGGCGUGUCUCCAUACCCGGGGAUUGAGUUGACUGACGUUUAUCAUAAGCUAGAGAAGAACUACCGGAUGGAGUGUCCGCCGGGCUGCCCACCUAAAAUCUACCAGCUCAUGUGCACGUGCUGGCGGUGGAACCCCAAUGAUCGCCCCACUUUCAAGGAGAUCCACCACUCGCUCGAGAACAUGUUCCAAGAGUCGAGCAUUACAGAGGAGGUGGAGAAACAACUGCAAGGAGGAACACCUCAACUGCCUUACAAGAAGCCACAUGCUGGCAGCACCGGGAACAUUCAUGGCCUUGUUGAACAAAUGGCAGCUGGUAAGUUUUUUACUGUCAUGUCUUUUGCUGCAAAAUCAUCAUCUUCUAUCUCAAUUCUAGCUGAGAGUGGCAGCAAGUUGUCUACCUUUGCAGCUCCCUCUACAAACAAGGGGGCCAUGGUGCAGCUGAGACGGACUACAAACAAACGAGGCAAGCAGGCUCCGGCCCCACCUAAAAGAACGAGCCUAUUGUCUUCGUGCAGCUCUUUCCGGGACAGCACUUACGAGCAGGACGCGGCAGACGGGGACGAGGAUCUAAACGGUAUUGAUAAGAUAUUUGAAGGGAUCACAAAAGAUCUGCAGACCAUGAGUAAGGGGGACAGUGAAGGCGAGCUGCAGGAUCAAACCCCAGACACUGAUGACUCGGGUGCUCACUCUUACCCUGAAGUAACCGGUGCUUUCUUCCCAGGCACUUCCUCGUUCAAGCGAGCGCCCGUAAUGGGCAGCGCCAGACUGGAGCAGCGCACUGGCAAGAAGUCCAAGACCUACCCACCGAAGGAGUCCUCCAAUCCGAAGGUGCAUGUGGCUGCCCUGGAGGUGCAGAACGUGAAGCGAGCAAUCAACCGGUAUGGCACCCUGCCCAAGGGGGCGCGAAUAGGCGCCUACCUGGAGUCCCUUCGCCAGAGUGGCCUCACCCAAGAAGCUGCUCCCGCCCCUGAAGACGAGCCCAUUGACGAUCAGCAGAACCAAAAUCAAAUGACAAGAAGCAACUCUUCGGGCGGGGGCGGCUUCCACCCCUUGUCCCCCAAACAGAGGGCGCGAGAACUCCGCACCUUCCGCACCAACAGUCCCUCGAGAGCCCACCAGCCUUCUUUGGCUGACCUGGAGUUUCCCCCUCCACCCUCCGACCUUCCCCCUCCACCUGAGGAGUUUGACAAUGACCGACCUUUCACCCCUGAACUUCCACCUCCACCCUCAGGAAAGCAGGCAACCCCAAGUCCAGAAAGGCGCCGGAAAGUUGUCCCGUCACCCAGGGCGGUCAGAAAGGACCGGCCUGAAGAUGUGGCAACCCUGGCGCCCUCUGUGGAAGAGGCAAGUUCAAGAUUCGGGGUCAGUCUGAGGCGGCGAGAGCCCUCAACAGACUCAUGCAGCAGCGCCAAGUCAGCAAAGCAGAGCAGCGACCCUGACUCUGCUUCGCCAGGUGGAAAGUCUUCCGAAGACUCAGGGCGCGGCUUCCGGGCCAAGGAGCUGAUGGAACUGAAGUUGGCCGCCGAGAUUAAAGAGAAGGCAGACUCAAAGUACGGGAAACCAAGAGAGAUUUCACCAGUGGACUCUUCGCACAUGGCCAACGAUCCGGCCGCACAACUCGUCGCAGAACUCGGAGAGACAAUGCGCGCUGUCAAAGACGUCAGUCCUCCUGAGAAGAGCGCCAAGGUGGAGGCAAAGUCUGGAUUGAGAAGGGUUGGUGAGGCGACGGCGGCCAGUUUCAAGGCGCAGCUUAAAAAGUUUGACUCGAAGAAAUCGAAGGACGAAGAGCCGGAAAACCCCAUCAACUUUAAGUCAAGACUCAGAAAGGUGGACAGUUUAGAGAAGAACAAAAAGCAGGAAGACGAGGAGAAAGAGAAGGCGGUGGAAGUGGCCAAGGAGACUGAGAAGAAGCGUGACAGUGGCGAGGGCUUAAAAACAACUGAUGAGCCAGAGGACAAGCGCAAGAGUACAGGCAGCAUCAGCAGCCUGAAGAAGCUCUGGGAGAACAAAGAAGGCUCGGCGGACGAGAAACAAGCGGCUGAGGAACCUGAGGAAGACCCAAAGGCGGCUGGGAAGCGAGUGUGGCCGCCUGCGGCCGCUGACGAAAAACCGGUAGUGCCAACCAAGCCCCUGGUGAAGGCGACCAAACCUGUCCUGCCGGCCAACAGCAAAGGCCCUUCGAUCUACGCCACCCCCACGCCGAGCAAAACCUCUCCAGGCGGAAACAAGCGUUCCAGUCCUCCCCCUGUUCCGAGUGAAAAACCACCCGGCCCGACCAGCACGGCCACCGCCAAGGACAGCAUUCUGGAAAUCUCUCAGGCCCUGGAGACGAGCCUGGCGUCGCUCAAGUCCUGCAACAACGUCAGCACCUCGAGCAUCAUCCAGUUGUCGGACAAGGUGGGCCUUUUCCACGGCUCGUGCCUCAGCUUUUCGGACGGCAUUCCGCCGCACGGCCGCUUCCAGUUCCGCGAACUGCUCACUCGACUGGAGCAGCAGGCGCGCCAACUGCGCUCGGCCGGCUCGAGGAACUCGGCCGACAACGCCAGACUCUUCACCGACGUGCAGAACACGAUCAGGGACGUUGUGAAUGCCGUGCAGAGAUAAAUCGACAAACUAGUUCUUCCCCCACGCACCCCAACCCUCCCCCAAUCAGACCCAGGGCUCGCAAAGGCUUGUUUCUGAAGAACAACCGGAACAAAAAUUAUUAUCAAAUUGAUAAAUAUACAUGAUAUAUAUAUAUUCAAAUUAAUCUGGCUUGGAUAGAAAUUGAAAAUCGUUAAGUAUAUGUUAUUUAUUGAAACAACUGGCGUUAAUUUAGAAGCUGGUUGAUAUAUAAAUUAUCAAACCCUUGAAGUGGGAAGAAAAGCACAGAUCAAAGGCUUUGAGUAAAAUUAUUUUUUGUAAAAGAACGAACAUGCAUUGAUCUUCUUAAAAGCGGAAAGGGAUUGAAUUUUUUCAGCUCUCAAAUUAAGUGUCAGUUUUUUUGCUAUAAAAUACUGAAUAAAAAUAAACUUUAGUUCUAAAUCUAGAUGGUUGUCCCGUAGUCAAAAGCCUUCGGAGCCCACGAUGGUUAGCAGCUGCUUAAACCCAGUUCCCCCGCCCCGCUCCAACUUAGCUUAAAGCUACCCCGCAACUAUGGACACACACACUUGAUGAUUACACACUAUUACUACGGCUUGGUAAUUUGCAGAAAUAGGAUUUUAUUUUCUGUGAUAUGAUCCCUCGAUUUUUGCAUUUGUGCAAAAUUAACACGGAUGAUUAGAACGACUACUUCUUCAUUUUUCGUCUUUUGUUACGAUCUAAUUAUUAUAUAAAUAUAUUCUUAUUAAAAACUAUUACUAUACGAUUACAUUCUCACCUUGAUGCGAACUGUCUUUGUUUUUUUUUCGUAACGUGUAGCGAGCAGUCAAGUCUCGUCUGCCCCCAGGCCAAGGGGGCGAAAAACAACUGAGAAGAUGUGGAUUUUCUCGUGCUAGUCUUUUUUAUGAGCAACACAUACACGCGCGCACUUUUGUAUAAAAUUCACUCUUAAUUAAUAAUUUCCUUUGGUUUUUCGUCUCCGCAAGUGAGAGAUUUGUGAGAGAGAAUAAAUGCAUUAAUCUUGAGUAAGUUUUCUUUAAUUCAAUAAAAUGGAAGUCGCAGUGGAUGAAACGCAAUUCGACGCUCACAUAUUUUCAAAAUCAGUUGGAGGAUGACAGAAAAAAUUCAUUCCGAGACCUCUUUCUGACAUUCCGCGCGAGAGUUAUUAAUAUUAUUUAUAUAUAUUCGUUGAUUAAAAAAAAAAAAAUACCAGCUGCGUUUUGAAUACUGUGUUUGAUUAAUUAAUUUGAUGUUCUGUGAUUCUCGGUUUCAGCUUUUUUCUU